CGACACACCUUCAUCCGCAAAGUCUAUGCCAUCAUCUCCCUGCAGCUGUUGGUGACGGUGGGGAUCAUUGCCAUGUUCACCUUUGUCUCCCCUGUCCGCUCCUUUGUCCAGAGGAAUGUCGCCAUCUACUACGCUUCAUACGCCGUGUUUCUGGUGACCUACCUGGUGCUGGCCUGCUGCCAGGGUCCCCGGAGACGCUUCCCUUGGAACAUCAUCCUGCUGAGCAUCUUGGGGCCAACGCUGGCCAUGGGGCUGAUGACAGGGACAAUUGCCAGCAUGUACCAGACCAAAGCUGUCCUGAUCGCCAUGCUCAUCACCGCCAUCGUGGCCAUCAUUGUCACCAUCUUCUGCUUCCAGACCAAGGUUGAUUUUACAUCGUGUCCAGGGCUUUUCUGCGUGCUGGGCAUUGUGGUCAUGGUGACCGGGAUCGUCACCGCCAUUGUCCUCUCCUUCAAAUAUGUCCCCUGGCUCCACAUGCUGUACGCGGCCAUCGGCGCCAUCGCCUUCACCCUGUUCCUUGCCUAUGACACCCAACUUGUGCUGGGGAACAGGAAGAACACGCUGAGCCCUGAGGAGUAUGUCUACGGUGCCCUCACCAUCUACACUGACAUCGUCUACAUCUUCACCUUCAUCCUGCAGAUCGUGGGCCGGGAUUAGCCCCGGGACCCCU